GCUACUUUUUCAUCACUUCAAAACCCUAACGCUCAUAAUUCAAGAGCCCAUUAACAAAUCUCUAUUCUCUCUCACUUCAUUUUAUUUCAAUUGGAAAAUUCCUAAGGUCUGGAUUCACCAACGACAUCACAAAGCAUUUUGUAGUUGUUCAAUUCUUAUUUCGAUCAAUCGUCAUGGAUCUGGGUCGCGUUUCUGUGGAAGACAAGCCCUGCAAUGAAUCUUCUCGUGUCUUGGAGAACAAGGAAAACAAUGUGAGCGAUGCAGUGACGGCGACUUUAAAGUUUGGAAAGAGUAAUAAAGUGUUGAAAGAGACUGGUCAAUCAACAGCAAAUGCUCUUAACAAAUUCACAUCACAAAUUAAGAAGCCCCCUCAUCGGAAAACUUCUCCUAUCAAUUGGUUCCCACGGAAAAAGGUGGACUCCUAUUUAAACAGGAAAAUAAAACUGCUGCAGCAGGAAGUAGGUGGCAUGAAUUCAACUCUAGAUGAGACUCUAGGUGAUUCAAAUCCUCAUUACUCAAGAGUUUUGAGAGAAAAAAUUGCAGCUAAAGAGGCAGCACAAAAGGCAAUGGAGGCUUGGAAGGCCGCAAUGGUGGAAGCAUCUUGGUGUCGGAUACUUAAUGCAGCUAGGAUCCAAAGCAAAGAAGCAGAAGCCCUGCUGUCUAAAGCUGAAAAGAGUGUUGCUGAAGCCUUUGAGGCAGCAACAGCUAAGGGUGUUGUCAUGUAUGAUAUGCCAAAUUGCUCCCAAAAAUCUUGUGAAAUAGAAACAUCCUCUUGUAAUGGAGGAGGAUCUACUACUCACACUGUUGCAGCAUCCUUUGAAACUGCAUUUGAGGUAGAUAAGGAAGUAGCUGCUGCAGUUAAAACUGCAUUUGUAAGGCUCGCACAUUGCCCUUCAUUUAGCAAAGAUGAAUUCAAAGAUGUUCUAUGGAAAAUCAGCCAGAAUCCAGAUACAGGCGAAAAGAAUGAGUUGUCUGGUUUUUCUUCAGAGAAUGAAUCAGAUACUGGGUCAGAGCUUGAAGUGGAAUUGCAGAAAGAUGGUCUCAGUUCUCAGGAAUCAAAAGGUCAGAAGUCAUUGAAUGGAGAAAUGACACAAAAGAGGUACAAGAGGCAGGUUUCUGAAAAGUUUAAUACAUCAAAGCUUGUUGACAUUAUGCUUGAAAGGAUUAGAUGUUUGAAGGAAGAUGAGCUUGCUUCUCUUGCCACAAUAGUUGCAACAUGUGGAUUAAAUGCUGCCUUGGCUGAAGCAGAGAAUAAUAAGCUGCAUGAUCCAGAUCCUGCCACUGAUUAUGCUGCUGGCCUGACUCUCAAUUUUGCCAGAAGAAUGUCUUCCUUCGGAACAGCAACAACAAAAACCUCAAGCAUGCAUUAUUUCAUGGAUGGGCAGAUGAAAAAGAAGAGAGCUGAGUCACAACUCCCAAGUCUAGGUGAGUGUUUGGUCAAGCACAUGUCAAAGCUAGAAAGGGAGGUCCUAGAGGCAAAAAACACUAGAAAGAAUGAGUCUAACGUGAGAUCUGGGGAAAUCCCAGAUAAAUCUGAUGAUGGAAAGGGUGACUCAGAUAACAAUGUAACUCUGUUUGAGACUAUUCCAGACUUGGGAAGUAUUCUUGUAAAGCAUUCUUCAAAGUUCCAGAAGGAGAUUGAAGAGGGAAAAAAGAAUUCUGGAGAACUGUUUGAAAUGAAUUGCAAGAAUUUAGACAGUGAUACAGCUUCAUCUGAGGCUGUCCCUGACUUGGGAAGUGUGCUAAUCAAGCAUUCUUCAAAGCUUGAGAAGGAGAUGGAAGAAGCAAAAAGGAAAUGUGACAUAACAUUUGAAAAUAAUGAUAAGAAAUUUGGCAGAAUGCCAAGUAGGGUGGUCAGUCACAGGAAACAAAAAGUUCAAGAAGUUCCUAGCCUAGAUAAGUUUCUGGUGAAACAUGUCUCUAGACUUGAAAGAGAGGUUCAAGAAGCAAAGAGCAGAAGUAAAAACUGCCCAAUUGAAGGAGGGAAUGAGGUUACACUGAAGAAGAAAGUCAAUUCAUUUAGUUCAAUCACACAUUCUGGAGAAAAUGUUUGUGGGAAAGAAAAUAUUGACUUAAACAAGGAAGUUGAUGGAAAGUUCAAUACAGAGAAAGAGGAAAGCACAAUAAAUUUCCUGCCACAGGAUACAAACGACUGUUCAGGUGAGCUUUGCAAGCAGAUUGAGCAAGAAAAUAUCAAGAGCAAGAAAAUGAAAGCAAUGUCCAGCGUUGCAGAUUUCGAGAGUUUGGACAAAGUUCUAGUAAAGCAUAUAUCAAGACUCGAGAAAGAGAAAAUGAAGCUUAGUUCAAAGGAAGGAGUGCUGAAGGUGAAGGGAAAUGACAUGAACCAGAAGUCAGAGAAUGCUGGUGGUUUGGACCAAAUUCUUGUCAAACAUAUAUCAAAACUUGAAAGGGAAAAGAUGGCUGCUGCUCAGCAACCCAAAGACGAGGUUAAAUAUUCUGUAGCUCGUAGAGAAGCAAGGGAGAAAGAGUUGCAAGAAGCAUGGGGAGGCUUGAGCUUAGGGAAUUCCAUACGACCACAUCUCUCAAAACUUGAACAAGACAAGGCUGCUUGGAUUAAAGCUGAAGAGGAGGAAAGGAGGCAAGCUGUGAAAGAGUUAUAAGUUCUUUUGGCAAAAUCUCUUUUAUCUCAAUUUUCCAGUCAGUAAAUAACUUGUAAAGAUAAUAUUGUUGAUCAAUUCAUUAGAGACAAACUUAGCUCUGUACUGGAGCUGUUAUUGUUCAAUUCAUUAGAGACCAACUUUUGCAAUACAUAAAAUUCCCAUUCUGGCUUCUCACAGAAAAUUCAA